AUGCACUUGGCGGCAAAAACGGCCGAAAUCGUAGGCGCCGAACUUUUUUUCGCGCAAGAACCAAGCCGAAAAGGCUCUGCAGCUGCCGCCGCAGAGCCUACAGCAGCAGCCGCGGCCGGACCUGCAGUAGCAGCCACCGCCGAGCCAGCAGCAGCAGCCGCGGUCGGACCUGCAGUAGCAGCCGCCGCCAGACCUGCAGCAGCUGCCGCGGCCCAGCCUACAGCAGCAGCCGCCGCCGGACCUGCAGCAGCUGCCGCCGCCGAGCCUGCAGCAACAGCCGCGGCAGAGCCUGCAGUCGCAGCCGCCGCCAGACCUACAGCAGCGGCCGCCGCCGACCCUGCAGCAGCAGCUGCCGCCGACCCUGCAGCAGCUGCCGCCGCCGACCCUGCAGCAGCUGCCGUCGCCGAGCCAGCAGCAGCAGCCGCCGCCGGACCUGCAGCAGCUGCCGCCGCCGAGCCUGCAGCAGCAGCCGCCAUUCGAGAAUACAAUAGCAGCCGCCGCCGUCCCUGCAGCAGCGGCCUGAAGUUUGACACCUGGCUCGAUGACCUGCACCUCUUCCUACAGCUCACUGCCAAGGAGGACAUUUCACUGUACGAUCACGCCCUAGGCCAUGCUACUGCCCCUGACACUACUGCUGACAGCACUCUGCGCUCCCAGUGGCAGACCCGUGACGCGCACGCUCGCUUCGCUAUUCGCAACUCCCUACCGCUAGAUGAGCGCGAGCACUUCGGCCAGUGCAAGACUGCUAAGGAACUGUACACAGCCGUAGUUGCUCGUUACUCCUCACCUGCGUCUGCCGCACUAGGCCGCCUCUCACUGCCCUACCUGUUCCCCGACCUGGCCUCCUUUCACACUGUUGCUGACCUCAUCACCCACCUCAAGACUAGUGAGGCCCGCUUUCGCGCUGCUAUGCCUGCCGAGUUCCUUGCUAGCAACCCCCCCCCGCUCUGGCUCACUCUCUACCACAUUGUCACCCGCCUCCCUGACUCUCUGCGCACAGUCAGGGAUUCCUUUCUAGCUCGCUCCCCUACUGAGCUCACCAUUGCCCUCCUCGAGAAGGACCUACUUGCAGCUGAGGCGAGCAUCGUCGCCGUAGGUGCCUCUCGUGGCGAGCCCCGCACCCCCUUCUUUGAGGGGUCGGGACCGCGUCUGCUCCGAGCGGGCGCCGCAGGACCAAAGGAGGCAAGGGUGGAGGAGGCGGCCGGGGAGGCGGGGGUGGAGGCGGUGGGAGUGGAGGAGGGGCUGGAGAGACUAGUGGCGGCAGUGGGGGUAGUGACGGCAGCGGCGGAGGCGGUGGCAGGGGCGGGGGCGGCAGCGGGGGCGGCGGUGGUCGUGGCAGCGGCAGGGGAGGGGGUGGUCGAGGAGGUGGCAGCGGCGGUGGUGGUCGUGGAGGCGCUGGCAGUGGUCCGAGCCAGCAGCACACUCCGUCGCUCCAGGAGGCCCGUGAGUGUGGAGAGGGUGCUCAGUACUUGCGUGUUCCGCCCGACCCGGGCAUUCUGA